UCCACCAUUCCGAAAUAUUGUUGAAAUCACCUCUGUCGCUGUCAACAACAUUUCACGAUGGACUCUCCCAAACGGACCGCGUCUCCCUCUCCAGACGCAUCCGAGUCGAAGCGUAUUAGGCUAACCGUGCCACAACAAAAUCAAGGUGCAUCUCCUGUGGACCCUGAAAACGCUCAAGGCAAGCGUAGCGAGCUCGACCCCAUCCAGGGCGGCGAACUCGGUAACAUUCCCAACUACCCCCCGUCUUCACCAGGACCAGAAACUGGAGGCAAGGUCACCUUGCUCAAGCCAGAAGGCGAGGGCGUGGACGACGACAAUGCCGACGUCGAGAUGGGAGAUGGUCAGGAUGACGAUGGCGAGUCGGGAGACGAUAAUGACGACGAAGAUCCCGCCCAACUCGAGGCGAAUAGGCAGAGACUGGAGGAACAGGCGCGCAAAUACCUGGCUGCACAGACGCAUCAAGUCAUCAUUCCCUCUUAUUCCGCCUGGUUCGACAUGUCUGCUAUCCAUGCGGUCGAGCGACGCGCCUUACCCGAGUUCUUCAACGGCAAGAACAGGUCUAAGACGCCUGCCAUCUACAAGGACUAUCGCGACUUUAUGGUCAAUACCUACCGUCUUCGCCCCACAGAAUACCUCACAGUUACUGCUUGUCGGAGGAAUCUUGCUGGAGACGUGUGCGCUAUUAUGCGUGUACAUGCCUUCUUGGAGCAAUGGGGAUUAAUAAACUACCAGAUCGACCCAGACCAGCGCCCCGCCGCCCUCGCCCCUCCUUUCACCGGUCACUUCCGCGUCAUUCUCGACACCCCCCGCGGCCUUCAAUCCCUUCACCCCGGCUCCCGCCCCUCUCAACACCCAGGCGGCCAAGGCCCCAACGGCUCAACCACCAAACGAUCUUCCGGCCCCACCCCCGCCUCCCUCGAACUCCGCUCUAGCAUCUACCAAACCACGUCCAAAUCCGCCCGCCAAGUCUCCGAAUCCGAGGCUGCUAUCCUCGCCAACGGCACCACAUCUGCUGGCUCGAAUGCCCGUCCCACGAACGCCGUUACCUAUAAGUGUGACACGUGUGGCGUGGAUUGUACGGCGGUGCGGUACCAUUCCCUCAAAGUUAAGGAUUUCGAGCUCUGUCAGCCUUGUUAUCUCGACGGGAGGUUCCCUUCGACCAUGUUCAGCGGCGACUUCGUGCGCCUGACGAACUCGGCGUCCGUCAGCGGGAACCAGCACUCUGCAGCGAACGGAGGGGACGCAUGGUCCGACCAGGAAUUGCUGCUCUUGCUCGAGGGCGUGGAGAUGUACGACGACGACUGGUCGUUGAUCGAGGAGCACGUCGGGACGCGGUCGGCGCAGCAGUGCGUGCGCAAGUUUUUGGAGCUGCCGAUCGAGGAUCCGUACCUCGAGAGCGAGGGAGAUAUGGGGGCGAUGAGGUACGCGAGAGUGCCGUUUGAGCAGGCGGAUAAUCCGGUCAUGAGUGUCGUCGCGUUUUUGGCGGGGGUGGUUGGACCCGGGGUCGCGGCUGAGGCGGCGAAGACAGCGUUAGGAGAGCUGACGAAGGGAGAAGAGAAGGAGAGCAAGGUGCCGGAGUCGGACAAGGAGGAGAAAGAAAAGGAGAAAGAGGGAGAGAAGGCUGCUACGGUGGAGGGCGAAGAAGGGGGACACAAGGAUAACGAAGACGACAAGAUGGAUGAGGAUAAGGUGGAGGGAGAACUAUCUACGCCUCAACAGCCUGAAAAGGCGGAGGCCUCAUCGAGCAAGCCGACGACUCCUGCUGCAACGGGCGCGGAAUCGAGCGACGCUCAGGCGACUUCGUCACCUGCAGCAGAAAAACCUGGCCCUGGCGUUCCGCAUUCCAAGGUGGUCCGCGCCGCCAAUCUUGCCCUGAAGGCGUCCGCGAAAGCCGCAUCUUCACUGGUAUCUGCCGAAGAAACCAACAUCCGUUCAACUCUCGCGGCCGUGAUCAAGCUCCAACUUACGAAACUCGAGCUCAAGAUGUCACAAUUCGAAGAACUGGAGGAUUUAUUGGAGGAGGAACGAAGAGCACUCGAGGGCGCGAGACUGGCUUUGGUCAGCGAGAGGAUGACGCUGAAGAAGAACCUGGAGAACGUGAGAGGAGAGUUAUCAAAGCACGCGCAGAAUCAGGGAGCGGGCGGGGCUGGGAAUAUGCAAGGGAUUGUCGCCGCGGCGUCGCAGGCAAAUAUGGGAACGUCGAGUCAGGGUACCAGAAUGCAGGAUAUUUCCCUGGACGGGAUGGCGAUGGAGGGGGAUGGGGGUCCGUUGAAUGGUGGGAAUGUGGUGGCGCUUUCUUAAGAGGACUGCAUUUUUUUUCUUUCUCCGAGCCUUAUUCUGAGUCCGAUGGUCGAGUUGGAGUUGGUUUUUGUGUAUACUUGUCUGAAGAUGAUGAGUUCCUGUCUUUGCGUUCUUUGUUUGCUCUGUCUUGUCUAUCGUAUUACUUUAUCGCCUUGUUCUUGUAAAACCAAUCAGAUCGUCUGGUGUGCAUA